AUGGUGCUACAGCAGUUUAGCAUGGUGGUUUUGAAUGGUCAUUUUUACAACUUUACAGUGUUUGUCACUCUGCUGCGGCACAGCAAACACAGCGAAGGCUACGAGCGCACGGUGACGGUCGACGAUGAAGACAGCAAAAUCCUGAUUUACGACAACUGGAAGCAGGACCUAUCCACACUGCAGUGUGAUGUGUGUAUCCUGGUCUUCUCCGUGACUGACAGGAGGAGUUUCCACCGCACUGCCCAGCUCCGCUUGCUCCUCAGGGAGUCUCAGCCUCACACACCAAUUAUCCUGGUGGGCAACAAGAGCGACCUUGUCCGCUCGCGGGAAAUCAGCACAGAGGAGGGCCACUCCAGUGCCAUGAUGUUCGACUGUCUCUUCUUGGAGCUGUCAGCCUCCCUGGACCACGGCACCACGGAGCUCCUGGAGGGCGCCGUGCGGGCGGCCCGGGGUGACUGUGUGGGACCCGGCUGGACUGAUGGGGACCCAGGGGCCGGCCGCAGGGAGAGCCUGACCAGCAGGGCCAAGCGAUUCCUGGCUGGUCUAGUCCCGCGCUCGUAUGGACGCGACCGAGACCGAGGCCGCUACCGGGAGAUGAGCCGCCACCGGGGGAGCAAAAUCCUUCGACAGAAAUCCCGCUCCUGCCAUGACCUCAGUGCACUGUGA